AUGUCCACUGAACUAGAUUUGUCAAUUAAGUCAUAUUUUGAGAGUACACCCGUUUUAUUAUGGUCAUAUUUGGGUUUUCUAAAGACAUUAAAAUCUUAUUGCAUCUCGGAAGAACAUUCGAUGGACGAUCUAAAAUCCAUUUGGAGGAAGCGAUAUAUAAACUUUCUAAGUGACUUUCUUGCUAAGAAAGAACACGAUGGGGACAUCAAAAGGCGUGUAACUCUUCUGAUUCGACAGGAUGUUUUCGAUAAGAAAUCACAGAUAGAAGUGUUGGAUGUGCUCUGUAUUUCUCGUAGUCAGAAAUCUAAUGAGUAUGUUAAUAAAGUAAAUUCACACCUACUGGAACAAGCUGAGAUAUCAAGAAGGGAAGAAGUGAUGGAAACGAUUCCUCAAACAAUAAUGCAAUCUAAUAGCAAGGAUGAUAAUUUAUUUCUCGAUGAUGAAAUUAAUGAUGUGUCAGCUGAAGUCCAACAGUUCAUUGCGAAAAUGAAGAGAGUGGAGCACCGUCUUUUUGAUUAUCAUAUUAUCAACCUUUCUGAGCGGAAUCAAAUGGACCCAGUUAACAAAAUCUUUACAGACAAUGAGAAGAAAAUGAUGAGACAAUUCUGGGAAAUUGGUGAACCAUCGGCUGAGGAGAAAUUAAACACUGUACGUCGAUCUAAAUGGGGCAGCAUAAAACAACUCAUUAAUAAAUAUACAUCUGCAGUUAAGCUUGGAUUGAUUUUUGACGAAGAAGAAUUGCCAGCAGAGACUAUUUUUGAAAGGCUAUUUGAAGGAAAGCUUGUAUUUAGGACUCAUUAUGACAUGUUGUGGAUUCAGGAUGUUUAUAAGCGAUUGUAG